AUGUAUAACCCUGACAGCUUUAAUGGCUCGAAGCAGGAGAAGUCCACUUAUCUCUUGAUGAACACAAGUGUCCCUGUCACGGCUGAUUGUGUGAAGCUUUCCAUUACCCAGGAUGCGCCGCACGAGCCCCUUGACAUGGUGAAGCCGACCCAGGGCGAGAAGGUGGCUGAUGGUGACCAGUACGGUGCAAUGAAUGCUGAUGUGAGUUGGCACGCUGCAGGGCUGCACAUGGAGCUUCCUGCGUCUGCUGUUGCGGCUAGCGAGACAUCGCACGAAUUUGCUGUCCGCAACGAGUGGCACGAGGAUGGGGACGGAUCAAUAGAGCAGCUGGCAACUGCCGUGCAUCCGCUGGGCGGCACCGAGGCAUCCAACCGAAGUUGGUACUCACCGAUGAAGCGGCGCUCCGGCAUGGGUGCGAUGCGUCGCAACGCAAUGACGACCCGAAUGGUGAACUUUACCGAAUUCGACAUGGGUGACUUUGGCAGCCUCGGUGACGAUCUCUCGCCGAGCUCCAGUAAUGCCUGCCGCACAUCAGAGGGCACCGCUAGUAGCAGCAGUGGGAGCGCUGGGCUUCCAGCCGAUAGGGAGAGCUUCGGUGGUGCAUCCAACAGGCUUUCGCGCGCUUCUUUUGUCCACCAGCUGCUCGCUAUGAUAGAGCGGUCAGCCCGAGACCUAUGGCGGCGCAGGCUGGACCUUCUUGUAGACAUCGCCGUGCCUUUAACCUUUAUGGCCGCGUCCAUUGCCUUGUGGGCCAUCUGGGGCACGGAGUACACGGAGGAAAUGUCGUACAUAUCCCUGAGCCUAGAUUCUGACAACGUCGGUGCGGCCGGUCUUCAUGCGCCUCUUCUUCACGACUUCACAUGCAUGAAGCAGCCGGACGGGACGCCGGCGGUUGCCGAGUUUAUGCGAUGCGUGCCCAUGAACUAUACCAUCUGCAAUCCCGUUACUGAGAAAUGUGAGACCCACAGCGUCAUUAACUUUAUCUGCGACGGUGACUCCAGCAUGCUUCCGCUGCCCGCGGACUACGAGAUCUGCCGUGUCUCUUACGAGUGGGAGCCAUUGAUCACAACCAGCUUAGGCAGCUACUGGCGGUGGCUUUCAGCCGUCCCAACCCUUGACGUGCUCAUCAGUCUCCAGUGGACGGCGUUGUCUGCUUACCGCUUCAUUCUGCCUUUCCUUGUGCAGUCCAUGACCGGGGUUAGCACGAACACCCGCUACAACGCGGUGCUGUGCAGCGGAGACCUGUACUUUGUAGGCGAGCAUAGCGUGACAUCAGAGCUAAUCGCUUACAUAAACACAACGUCUGCUCUCUUUCAAUAUGUGACGGACUUCAAUGUGUACAGCAGCGUCGCGAACGCGCGCAGCGCUGUGAAGCCCGGUGGGCGCGUAUGGGCGAUUGUGGAGCUCCGUUCCUCCAGUGCGCAGGGACUUGACAUGGUGCUGCACAUGAACAACUCGGCUUUACCAUCGUUUGCGACCACGUACGAUGACUCGUACAGCGGUGGUGUGCUGUUCGAUACGGCGGAGCUCUACCUACUGUCCGGCUUCAACACACUGCAACAGCUCGUGUCUGAGUUUUACCUGAACAAACUCCACAGUGCACAGUUGAAUGUAACACAACUGAUGGUAGCCGCCGCUACUCCAGAGUACGAUCGUGUGCCGCUUAUGGCGCAGGCUCGGCAGGUGCUACCACUGAUUUAUUCACUUGCAUUCCUGUACAGCGUGUCGCAGCAGGUGAAGCGGAUCGUGCUGGAGAAGGAGCUGCGGAUCCGCGAGGCGAUGCUGAUCAUGGGGCUGAGGCAGUGGGCGAUCUACGUGAGCGAGUUCGUUGUGCAGCUGGCGAUUUUUGUGCCGACGUGUGUGUUGUGCGUGGUGAUGCUGAAGCUGACGUACGUGACGAAGAGCGACCCGCUGAUCCUGUUCCUGAUCUUCUUCCUCUUCUCCCUCACGACGAUCCCGCUGUCUGGCAUGAUCGCUGUCUUCUUCAGCAAGUCGCGUCUGGCGUCGCUUGUGACGCCGGUGAUCUACUUUAUCUUGGUGAUCCCGAUGUUUGCCAUGACCAACACGCAUGGCUCGAUCGUGACGUGGCUCUCGCUGCUCUCGCCGACCGGGUUUACUGCGGCGCUGAACGUCUUCCUGCUGCACGAGUCUGGGAGCGGGUGCGGCGCAGCACAGAUGACGUCGAGUCGCGACAGCCCGACACUGGCGGUUGUGCUUGGGAUGCUGUCGGCGGACUUCUUCAUCUACUACGCGCUGAUGCUCUACCUCGACGCUGUUGUGCCGAAGGAGUGGGGCACGCCAAGACACCCGCUCUUCUUCAUCAUGGACCCGGUGCGGUGGUGCUUCAACUCCAAGCCCCAGCGCCUCGGGGGCGGCGCCGACGGCCGCGCCGAGGAUGGCGUGUUCGAGACGUCCGACUACUCGAAGGACUGCGUGUCGUUUGAGGGCAUUCGCAAGGAGUACUUGCGCGGCGGCAGGACGUUCGUUGCGGUGAACAACCUGUACUGGGGGAUGCGCGAGGGCGAGAUCUCGGUGCUGCUGGGGCACAACGGCGCCGGCAAGACGACGGUGCUGAACAUGAUGACGGGGAUGGUAUCGGCCGACGCGGGCGACUGCUACAUCUACGGCAGCUCGGUGCGGACGGCGAAGACGGACGUGCGGCAGCAGAUCGGCUACUGCCCGCAGCACAACAUCCUGUGGCCGGAGCUGACGUGCCGCGACCACCUGGAGUUCUUUGGGCGGAUCAAGGGGCUGCGCGGGUGGGAGCUGGAGAAUGCUGUCUGUCGGAUGCUGUACGAGACGGGCCUGCUGGACAAGAUGGACCAGCCCGCGAAGAGCCUGUCGGGCGGGCAGAAGCGGAGGCUGUCGCUGGCGGUUGCGUUUGUUGGCGGGAGCCGCCUUGUGUUCCUGGACGAGCCGACUGCCGGGCUGGACGUUGGCGCGCGGCGGCAGACGUGGGAGCUGCUGCGCCGCAUGUCGCGUGCGCGCACGCUGCUGCUGACGACGCACUUCAUGGACGAGGCCGAUCUGCUGGGACAGCGGAUCGGGAUCAUGAGCCACGGGCGGCUGAAGUGUACGGGCAGCAGCCUGUUCCUCAAGUCGCGGCUCGGCGUGGGCUACAACAUCGUCAUCUCUGUCGACCCCGAGCUGGACCCCGCUGCUGUGGACGACGCGGUGCUGGGCACGGUGGAUGGCGCGAAGCCGCUUGGGCGGAACGGGUGCGAGCUGUCGUACCAGCUGCCUGUGCGGAGCGCGAGCCAGUUCCCGGCACUGCUGGCCGAGAUCGACUCCGUGGAGGCGGACGGCAUUCGCGGCUACUCGCUGGCUGCGACGACGCUGGAGGAGGUGUUCCUGAAGGUGUCCGAGGAGGACAUCGCGGGCCGCAGCGAGGCUGUGUCGCAGGCGAGCGUGGAGCGGAUCUGGAACUGCGAGGUGGCGCCGUCGGCGCUGUGGUUGCAAUUCCGCGUGUCGAUGGCGAAGCGCCUCUGGAACGCGCUGCGCGACCGCAAGAUGCAGUGCUUCCAGAUUGUGUGCCCAGUCGUCUGCAUUCUGAUCGCAAUGCUGCUGAGUCUCGUGCAGUACCGCGACCCUCAGUCGCUCACCUACGACUAUGCAAUGUUCGCCGGUAAGGCAAAUCCCGUGGUAUUGACAGCCGGCUGCGACGCGCUGUGGGGAAGCGAGCCGCGCCCGGUCGGGUAUGAGGUGAAUGAGACGCACUUCAUGGGUGCGCAGAUGUUGUCAGACUACCUGCUGGACACGUGGUACGUGCACGACAUGCCACGCUACGGCGCUGUGUCGUGCAUGGAUCGGAACAUAACUGCGUUCUUGAGUGCAGUUGGAGAGUGGCGAGGCACUGACGUGAACGUUUUCCUGUACAACUCUUCCUCCUUCCAUCAGGCUGCUAUCAGCCUUGCCACGUACUAUGACCUAUUCUUCAAGGAAUUGCUUGGCACGAACAACGUGUUCAUGCGGUACUCCGUGGAGUUGUUCAACAAGCCUUCCGGUGAUACGCACCUUGGCUUCAUCACCUUUGGCGCGUUGGUCAUGAUCCCCUUCACAUUUUUGCCGUCGAAUCCCGUGGCGUGGGUGGUGAAGGAGCGGCAAUGCGGCUCGCGGCAUCUGCAGAACCUGUGCGGGCUGAACUUCUUUGUGUACUGGGCGGCGAACUUUGUGUUCGACAUGGUGGCGUACUUCGUCACGAUGCUGCUGUGCAUCCUCAUCUUUGCCAUCUUCAACCGGCAGGAGUUCAUCGGGCAUGACCGCAUUGGUGGCACGCUCGUGCUGUUCGUUGUGUACGGUCUCACGAGCACCGUUGGCGCGUACGCGCUGAGCUUCCUGUUCAAGGAGCACUCGUCUGCGCAGACGAUGGUGAUGGGCGCGGGCUUUGUUACCGGGUUCUUGCUGCUGAUGCUGGUGUACGUCCUGACCCUCGAUCCAAGCAAUGCGAACACAUCAGACAAGAUGCGGUGGGGCUUCCGUAUAAUUCCGUCCUAUUGCGUCGGCGAGGGGCUCAUGGGGUUACUGAUGCUCGACGGCAAGCUGGCCACUGGCACUGCGAGCGGUACUUGGGACAUGGACCAGCUUGGGUGGCCGCUUGUGUACAUGUCGGUGGAGUUCCCUGUAUUCUGGCUGAUCACACUGUUUGUAGACCACCCUGCGGUGGGGCAGUUCUUCGACCGACUGAGGUAUAACCCCAGCGCAGAGCCGAUCAUCCCAAGCGGCGAGGACUCUGACGUGGAGGACGAGCGUGACGCUGUAUAUGAAGCCGCGCACAUGGGCGCCAUGACAGACGACAUUGUGCGCGUCGUGGACCUGCAGAAGCGAUACCGAAACGGUAAUGUGGCUGUGAAGGGCGUCACGUUCUCGAUCUUUCCCGGGGAGGUGUUCGGGCUCCUGGGGACUAACGGCGCGGGCAAGACGACGACGAUCUCGAUGCUGUGCCAGCAGCUCCUGCCGACGGGCGGCCGCGCGUACGUGUGCGGGUACGACAUCGUUGAGCAGCGCGAGGAGGCGCUGCGGUGCAUCGGGUACUGCCCGCAGUUCGACGCGACGCUGGACCUGCUGACGGUGGAGGAGCAGCUGCAGCUGUACGCUGGCAUCCGCGGGAUCGUGCGCGCGGAGUGGCCUGCGCUUGUGGACGCGCUGUGCACGCUGUGCGAGCUGACGAUGUACCGCCAGACGGUGACGGGCGCGCUGUCCGGCGGCAACCGGCGCAAGCUGUCUGUGGCGGUGGCGCUGGUGGGCGGCCCGCAGGUGGUCUUCCUGGACGAGCCGUCGGCCGGCAUGGACCCCGUUGCGCGACGCGGGAUGUGGACUGCGAUCCAGCGCGCCGCGGGGCACUGCUCCGUUGUGCUGACGACGCACCACUUGGAGGAGGUGGAGGCGCUUGCGGACAUUGUAGCGAUCAUGGUGCGCGGGUACGUGCGGUGCAUUGGCGACAAGGUGCACCUGAAGAACAAGUUCGGCAGCGCCUUCGAGGUGAGCGCGCGGCUUGCGUCGGCGAAGUGGGCGAGGUGCUUUGAGUCGUUCAUGAAGGCGGAGUUCCCCGAGGCCGUGGUGGUUGAAGGCGCGGACCGGCGGUUCGUGUACCAGCUGCCGCGCGACCGCGGCUUUGGCGACGUGUUCCAGACGUUCCAGGCGAACAAGGAGCGGCUGCACGUCACAGACUACAGUGUGUCGCAGACGUCUAUUGAGCAGGUCUUCCUGAAAGUUCGAGGGCUGGCGGAGAAGUUAAAGUAA